AUGCAUCACUUUACCGCUGCCCUUCUGGGACUGCCCUCCCCUGAGCUGCUCCACUCGAGUGACCAGUCCAGCACGCUGCUCUCAGGGCCAGGCUCCGGUGCUGGCUUCCCUCGCCACGCUCUCCCGGUUGUCGACUCGGCGCAGGCUGUCCUGCUGACCCCCUUCCAGGCCCAGGUGGUGGAUUCCCUCACCACGGCCAAAGGAUGCAAGUGCAGGCCAAAAAACUCUGGCAUUUGUGGCUUUUUUAUGUUUCUCUUUCGGUUGUUCUUUUACAGACCUGAAUGGACCAAGAACAACUCGAAUACCACGAAACUUCGAUUCAUUUUCGUAGAUUUUAGUGCUUGGCAUUUUGCAGGCAGUGACCUGCUGUGGGCUGGGAUAGCCAUGCGGCUGUUGGAGGAAAUACAGUCCAGCUUUGGGAAGAUGAAAAUUGUUCUUUUCCGUACAAUUCAACAUGAUGAGAUGGAGGAAGUCAAGGAGAAGAAAACCCAGGAUUCAGAGCAACCAUCAAACCGCUGGGUUCCCAAGGAGAUUCUCUGCUUCCCUCUCUGGAUGAUUUCCCUGACUCUGAUUCUGAUCCCCAUUAUCUUUUUGAUAAUCCUGAUGACUGUGGAUUUUCCCAAAGGUGAAGUAAAACCCAACAACACGACGAAAGAAGAAGAAUCCGAGGAGGAAGAUGCGGUUUUGGGCUUGUUAGCUGCUUCACUUGGAAUCCCUGCAGUAUUUAUGACAACAUUUGGCUUUAAGGUUGGGAAGAACAUGGUCUUCAGCCAGGUUGGGAACAUUAGGAGAGCAAUGGACAAUAGCCGAUUGAGCAGCCAGCUGGGGUUUAUGAAUAUUGUCAGGAAGGAAAUUUUGUUAUUGUCUCGCUUCAUCCAGUUCAUUGAAGUGUUUGAGGGGAGCAGGAUUCGUAUUGUGCUGAAAAUCACUACUCUAGAGCACUGCAAGUCUGAAAAAAUCGUGAGCGUUCUAGAUGCCAUGAACAUCCUGCUUUCAGACAAGGAGAGUCCGUUUAUAUCCAUUUUGGCGGUGGACCCUCAAGUACUUCUGGAUAAAAUAAACUUUUCAAAUGGUCGUUACACCAAACAGGAUAGAGCUUAUGCGCUGUUGAACCGCAUUCUAACCCUUACGUUCACCGUCCCAGUGCUGGACGAAAAAUCAAGGGCCGAUUUUUUUAACAGAGUCAAGGACGAUCAGAUCUCUAAGAAGUUUGGAAAUCAGGAGGAUCAGACAGACUCAAACGACGGGAAAUCGAAAUGUUCGAAUUCCUGUUGUUUGAGUUUUUCUGACUCACAGGGUCAAACAGAGGUUAGCAAGCUACUUACUGAAUUCAUAGAUGAGGAAAAAGAAGCAUUUCACAUUAUAGAGUUCAUUAAAACCCGAUUAAGUCAGUAUAUGGAUGACGAUGCCAUCUUCAUGAAGAGAGUUAUCAGCUCUACUUGGGUGUCUGUGUAUAUCAUGAAAGCCAGAGAUAGAAAGCUGCCCAACCCCGAGAGCAUUGGAGCAUGGCUAGUCUUAGCCAACCAGUGGCCCUGUCGACUCAGCUGGAUCAUUCAGAUCGUGGAAGACAAAAAUCAAACUGGUAGUGCAGGCACGCCCACAGAUCUGUUACUGGGUGUCUUCAAUGAGUGCAGGGACGAGCUGUACGCAAUGAGAUCCCAGAUUACGGAUCUCCUUGAGCAGGAUGGAGAUCCAGAAAUGUUUGAGAAAAUGCUUGGUGAGAAAGAGUUUGGAUUCACCAUUGGGAACUUGGAGCUAAUUCAAUCGGUAUUAGUGAAUCUAGAUCAGUCAAUUAAGAGGGAGCUGGCUCAGAUCAGAAGCACAACCCGUCUGAAAAAUUCUGGUUGGAAGAGCAGCCCCCAACUGCCGUUAACAAGAACCAGCAACAUGACCAAAGAGGAAAUAUGUGAAGAGAUGAAAAAAUUGAAUUUUGACGAGAAGUACGCAGAGAUUGUAAGAAGCAACAACAUCAACGGCUCUGCAUUGGUCUUUGGCGACAUUCAAGACCUUAAAGCCCUUCUGGGUAUGAACUUUGGAGAAUGGUCAGCCUUUAAGAUGAACUUCCUGGGAGUUUCCACACAGAAAUAA